AUGGACUCUUUGACCGGAGCGGCCAAGAUUAUUGCCAAAACGAUUGAUGCUGCUAGCGAACGAGCUGUCUUGGUUGCCGACGAUGGGACUGUAUUGUACCGGAAUACCCCUGCCGACCACUUUCUCUUUCAUCCCGAUAAUGGCAAUGAUGCUCACCUCAUUACCGAUUUUCUAGCGGCCAUUCCAGAGGGUGCCGAUUGGAGAAUUUUGGAAAAGAGUCGCAUCAAAAUGAAAAAGGAAAAUGGUCUGGUCACACGCAACGCACGUGAUCUCCACUGGGUCAAAUACGGCGAGGAAACGGGUGAUGACAAAGUCUUCCAUGUGCUUUUCAUUUGCAGUCGGCACGAACGCGUUCGUGAGAUUGUCGACACAGCCUUUGAUCCAGUCUUGACGAUCAACGAGGAGGGGAUUAUAAGAACUGCCAACGAUGCUACUUGUAAACUAUUCGGUUACGCCGUUGGAGAACUAGUUGGCCACAACAUGAGCAUCCUGUGUGGUGGUGGUCAUGCGGCCAAGCACGACGAAUAUGUGCAACGGUACAAAGAGACGGGUGAGAAAAGGAUCAUUGGCAAACGGAGAGAAGUGAUGGGUCGUAAGAAGGAUGGAACCGAAUUCCCCUGCGACCUGGGUGUCCAGGAAAUCAAGGACGUGUCGACCGGUCAACGAUUCUUUUGUGGCUUCAUGAAGGACUUGACACUGUUGAAGCAACACGAAGCUGAAAUACAGGAGCGACAAGCGUUGGCUCAGGGAAUGAUUAAUGCCUCCAUGGACAGUAUGCUGGAAAUUGAUCAAGAGGGAAUCAUCCAGAUCACGAAUGACGCAGCCUGUAAUAUGUUUGGAUACAGCCGUGAGGAAUUGAUUGGCAGCAAUAUAUCUUUACUGUGCGGAGGUGAGCACGGUGCGAAGCAUGAUAAGUACAUCAGCAGGUACUUGAAAUCAGGUGACAAACGGAUCAUUGGAACCAAACGACAGGUCAAAGCGAGACGCAAAGACGGCAGUGAGGUAGAAGUGGAGUUGGUAGUUCAAGAAGUUGUGCUCACCACUUCCGGAAAGAAAGCUUUUUGCGGUUUCAUUCGAGACUUGACACAGCAAAAGAAAGAUAAAAGAGCCCUUCGAAAGCAACAGCAGCUCAUUCAUGGAAAAUUCUUCGGUGAGGAGGACGCAUGA